UGACGUCGGCCGCGGGCUGCCCGGGGCUCCUGGCAUUGGUUGGCAAAGUCGAUUGUCUGGGGCGGCUGCUGUUACACUUAGGCUGGGUCUCCGGGCCGGGAGGAAGCAGGCGUGUGUUGAAUUUCUCUUUGACCCUCACGGUGGAAUAAACAGGAAGCGAAGAGCACCCAGCCGGGCUCUGCACUUGUCUUUGUUGUGGGCUCUGCGCUCCACAGGCUGGAGGAGGCUUCCCGGGACCCCUGCCCGCGUGCCGUCUGGGCACGGCUGGGGGCGCGCCCUUAAAUCUCCACCAGGAAGGGUGCUGUCAACCUCUCUACCUGCCUGUGUGCUUGCAGCUCUGGACAUAAGCCUGGAAGUCCAAUUGCUUGGUGCUUUGCUGUGAAGUUGGUAGAAGGUUUUAAGGAACUGAGGACUCAGAGCUGGUUGUUUGGAAUUGUCUCCAUUCUGUUGGUGGGCUGUGUCACGUGUUCUGAUAAGGAUGAAAUCACCUUUCAUCCCUUGGCCAGAACUGAAGAAGCAGAGAGCAGAGAGUACCUGUUCCGAACAUCCUGAGAGCCCCUGGUGAGGCUGCGACUGCCUACUUCUUGGGAGAUGCUGGCUGCCAGGAGGCCGAGGAGCCCUUUGUUUUGAAGUGGGACAGCGGGAUUUCAGCAGGACAGCUUCUUCGCUCCUGACCUCACCAUGGCUUCAACUCUCUGGCUGGACGGCUGAUGUGACUGUGUGCCCCACAUGCUGUUGGACUGCGUACCAUCCAGGUAGUGCCUGCUCACAGGGUGUGGGAGCACAGCCGGCGGGCAUCAGAUGCUCCCCCAAGUUGGACCAGCAGAGUGAUGGACUUGGACAGGCUAAGAUGGAAGUGACCUGAGGCCUUGCCCGGGUGGUUUCUUCACAACAGGACUAGUUAAGAAUUGAAACACAGGCUUGUCUGGGGAGCAGUAUGCCGGAAGCUGGUUUUCAGGCCACAAAUGCGUUCACAGAGUGCAAAUUCACCUGCACCAGCGGCAAAUGCUUGUAUCUUGGUUCACUGGUCUGUAACCAACAGAAUGACUGUGGGGACAACAGUGACGAAGAGAACUGUCUUCUGGUGACUGAGCAUCCACCUCCAGGCAUCUUCAACUCGGAGCUGGAGUUCGCCCAGGUCCUCAUCAUCGUCGUGGUGGUCACCGUGAUGGUGGUGGUCGUCGUCUGCCUACUGAACCACUACAAAGUCUCCACACGUUCCUUCAUCAAUCGUCCCAACCAGAGCCGGAGACAAGAAGACGGCCUGCAGCCGGAAGGGUGUCUGUGGCCUUCUGACAGCUCCGUGCAGCGGCCAGGGGCUUCAGAGAUCAUGUGUACCCCACGGGGCAGGGAUAGGUUUACCACCCCAUCCUUCAUCCAGCGGGAUCCGUUCAGUCGUUUCCAGCCCACCUACCCCUACGUGCAGCACGAGAUUGACUUGCCUCCUACCAUCUCCCUGUCAGACGGGGAAGAGCCGCCUCCUUACCAGGGACCCUGCACCCUACAGCUCCGGGACCCAGAGCAGCAGAUGGAACUCAACCGAGAGUCCGUGAGGGCCCCACCCAACCGAACCGUGUUUGACAGUGACUUGAUAGACAUUUCUAUGUACAACGGGGGACCAUGCCCACCAAGCAGCCACUCGGGCAUCAGUGCAGCUACCUGUAGCAGUAACGGGAGGAUGGAGGGGCCACCCCCUACCUACAGCGAGGUGAUGGGCCACUACCCAGGCACCUCGUUCUUCCACCACCAGCAUAGCAACGCACACAGGGGCAGCAGACCACAGUUUCAGCCGAACAACUCAGAGGGCACAAUAGUACCCAUCAAGGGCAAAGACAGGAAGCCUGGGAACCUGGUCUGAGUCCCUUCAGAGCGCACUUUGCUAGGAGAGAGAAACCUCGGCAGGGAGAGAGAGGCCCGCUGGCCCCCCUGCCACAGUGUUGUCCGGCUUUACGUCGUACAGCUGAGUAAAACCAAAUGUGCAAACACGGUCUUCGUUUCUGAUUCCUAUCCUGGGAAUUGCAUGCAAACAAGACUGAAACAAUACAAACUUGCAUCCGGUUUGACCACAACAGUGUUCAUCUUGGGGGCAGGGGUGGAGACGGGGCUAGAGUUGGUAUGAGCUUGGCAAAGGGCGUACCAAGGAACCCGAGGAGGCUUGGAAGACUUCAUGAAAGUAAGACCCAUAAAGGUAUUUUUGACCUAUUUAAUUCCAAAAGGAGACUGCAGAUAAAUGAGGCCAGAAUGGCCUGUUUUUUAUAAUUAACUGAAUAAAGAAGGAAGAAUUAUUAUAUAUUAUCACGGGGAAGAAUCAGUCAGUUUGCUUUUUCUCCAAAGGUGUGAAACUUUUAUUUUGUUUUAAAAAUAUGAGUCAAAACUCCUGUUUUGUGUGCCAAGGUAUAAAGUGGAUAGAGGAGCGAGAGGAAAUAAUUUCUGUUGAUGGUAUGCUUUAAGAGUUGCACUAUCGUAAUGUUUAAAAUAUGGACGAGGGAACCUAUGUUGUGUGAAGGUCUGUAUGUUGUCUUGUCACUUAUGGGUGGCUGUUAUACCCAAGGAACAUCCUUGAGAGUCCUACAGAGUCAUAUGAGAAAGGGUUUGGGGAACGUGCCCUGGUGUUUACUGAGUUCCACGCGUUUAACAAGGGGCAUGCUGCAAGGAUCUGCAGCGAGCAGUGCACUACUGCAGUUAUUUGGAGAGGCAGGUGGAGAGAAACACCUGCAUUGCGCAUCAAGUGUCAUACAGAGCUAGCCUUAUUCCCAGCAGCGUCAGCAAUUUAGACUGUUUUCACUGUAGCAUGAAAUAUAUUCAGAUACAUACCUUAUUUUAUGCAAUAAAUUGUUUAAAAUGCAAGAUGGUUAUUUUGUGUACUGCUGAACUAUGUGGCCUCUCCCAUCCUAGGCAGCUCUGUUGAGUUCUGCAAGGGAUAUUCUGUUCAGCACCUGGCACCAGCAGACGCUCCCAAGCCCACUUGGUUGUCUAAAUGCCAUACUGGUGAUGGUUCCUUAUGCUUACUAUGCCUCUGGGCCUGACACAGGGACAGAUUUGGCAUAAUAAGCCAUUACAUAUCACCAGUGUUGCAUGGUAGAGGAAUCGGUGCUGGUGCAGACUCACCUCUGUGUAGCCAGUCUUUGUACUGUGGUCGGUUAGUAAACAGAGGUAGGUGGUGGGUGAGGACAAGGCAUGGCAGGUAGAAUUACAGCUGGAAAAUGAAGUCAGUUUACUGUUUCUAAUAUUUCUAAACAUUCUUGUGCACAAUAAAGGACCCCAGCGACUUUCUUCUGCAGAUGUAAGAGCUGUUCCUGUAACGGCACCACGGUGGGCUCAUAUGCAGCAGCAGGCUUCUUUCCGGUGGUCUGACCUCUGCACGGAACAGGAAUGCAGAUUCAGAGGCAGGUUGACACCAAAUAAGUGUGUGUGAGUGCUUGUGUGUGACUGUAUGUGUGCCUGUUACUAUUUUCAGAGGUGAUUAUGGGAAGUAACGCUACUCUUACCUGAGAACUAGAGAUUGUUUGAGGCCCCCAGUCCUGUCUGACCCCAGGCAGCUUAUUUCUGCUGAUCUUGGUAGGUAGGCCCCGGGUUGGUCUGAGACUUGUAAUCUCUGUGGGAUUUAUCCAUUUCACACAGUAGCUUCCAGAGGAAUACUCACAGUCACAAGGAGAGAGGACAGAUGGGCAACAGUUGUCAGUUCAUGCUUGAACACUGCUUGGAAGGAUGUACAAAUGAAGGUCUCUGGGACUCUGGAGUUGCUUUUCUGUCUUGUCUGGUGACAUUCAGUGGCCUCUCAGGCUACAUUAACUGGGCCAAAGAAGACCUUUCCCACUUGCUUGAAGUUUCUAGCUCCUGGUGACCGAUGCUUUCAGACUGUGCUUGAAUGGGGCCCUGGGAUUCGAUGGCAGAGGAAGAAGUAGGUGUCCUUGCUGGGAUCUCACUGGUAGAGGACUUGGCAUGGAUGACAGCCAGGGGAAGGCGAGGUUAUGGCUCUGUCAUUCCAAAUCCUAACUGUCGUUUUGGUGAAGUUGGCAAUCCCACCUUUUGGUUUCAGCUCCAAAUGGCUUCUCAAUCCUUAUUUAGUCUUACUUUUCUGCCAGCCGUGAGAAAGAGCUAAGAUCAGAGACUUGUAAAUUCCUCUGGAGCUUGGCAAGCAUAUGGAGAUUUUGUAGAUGCCAACAGUGCUGAGGAAACACUGGGUACCCUAGAGGACUGCCUCUUUAGUGUACACACACACACACACACACACACACACACACACACACACACACACACACCACCUGUGACUCUGAAGUCUUUGAGGCUGGGCCUCUUUAAGGAAUUAGUUUAAAAGUCAAAGCUAAGGCCAUAAAAAUGAACGAGGACAUUUCUCUCAGCCCAGGGAGAUUUAGACAGUAGCCUUCCGGUUUACAGCUCAUGCCAUGCUGUCUCCUGGCUCUAAGGUGAGGACAAAGACACAGCUCAGAAUGGGGGCUGUUGUCUUUCAAAAAACCGAGAACCCGAGGGUUCAGUUUAGAAAGCAGUGAGUUUAGGCAAUUGACAAUAGGUUGUAAUGAUUAUUCCCAUGAGGCACUGAAGGAAACGUUUGUAUGGUUAGAAGGAGCAGUCCUGGGCAUGCUGCUCUGACUUGUCUGUUAGCUUGUGGGUUUCAAGGGAUAUGUAACACCAGACCCACAAACCCACCUACUGGAAUUCAUUCUUUUAGCCUGCAUUUGCUUUUUCAGAAACUCUAUAAACACUGAAACAAUAUUUAAUAUAAGAGGUUGUGAAGCUGACUCAUUCAAUUGUUUACUGCCCCCCCCUCCCCCAAUGCCUUCUCCACCAGACACACACCUAGCCCAUGAGAUCACAGCAUGGCAGUGACUAAAGCUUACAGGUACACUGUGAGAAUUACACUUUUCCUUAGUAACUUUUAGCUCCAACACAAGAGCCAAGGAUGAGGAGCCAAACUGGGAUGGAUGCCUCUUCACACAGACAUGAGAAUUGGGUACAAAAAGAGUAUUAUUAAUAUUUUGAAAUUCUAAGUAGCUCCAUUUGCUCUUCAUCUUUAUUGGGAUCAAAAGGAAGUACGUUCAGAAAGCUGCCUUGAUCUAGAAGAAUCUAUUCAUCUACCUGCCUUUCUCUCAGGUGGUUUUACAUCUCUUAUCCAACUGCUCCUUUCUAGAAAGACUCCUAGGGUAAGCCUUUUAGAUGCCCUCAAGCUCUCUUUCUUACCGAGGAAGUCCAUGUGGCCUCUUUAGGUCCUGCCGACACUGCUGGAGAUAGAGCGUGGCCAUUCCUGGAUUCCAGUUGGGCUUUGGAGACACAAUGCUGUGGAUGUGCUUGCAGAGUUUGCUCAGAAUGGCAACUCCUCUGAAAAAUCUCAGCAGUCGGGACGAGCAGAACGAAGAAUACUUGCUUUCUGUUACCGUUUUGUUUUUCUCCCAUGCCAGUCACCCAUCCAGACUUGCCUGCACCCUAAAAUCCCAUGCAGCCCCAUGGUUUCCUUAGAUUGUACUGAUUCCAUCAAACCCUGUUGUGUGGCUGCCAGGGGCUGUUCAGAGUCCUUGGAGAUGUGGACAAAUCACAAUAGCAUUCUCAGUCUCCCAUAGUCAUAGGUUUUAGGAAUAAAGAUGUCAUUUGAUAGCUGGCUCUGCCAGCUGGAUGUAGCACAAGGUUAAUAUCAGAGCACAGGGACCUCUUGCUGAACAAGGAACUUCUUCCCAUACCCAUCUUUGUCCCUAGGUGGGCUGGAGACAGUGUAACAUGACAAGGUUAGGCUGGACAGUGAUGCAGCUACACACCCUCUGGGGCCCUAGCUCUGCACGUCCAUCUGUAAGUAGCUGAGGUGCCUUGUGUUCUGCUAUCAGAUGUAGGACCCCAGCCCCAGUGUGCAAUGCUCACCUUUGCUGUGCCUCUCUUGAAAUGGUGCUUCUUCAACUGUUUGCUUUCAUUUGUAAGGUGCUGUAUAUACGUUGAACAUAUGCACAUACUCUACCCAAUGGGUAGAACAAGAAACUAAUACUGUAAUAUAUUGUAUAGAUACCAGUUUUACCAGAAAUGGCAUAAAACUUAAGAAUGCCUAUGUACUCCAUCUUUUGUAAGGACACUUGCAAAUGAUUACAUAAAGUCUAUGUAGUUUAUUUUCCUAUGAAAUAUAUUAACACCAUGGGAUGGAGUCUGGAUAGCAGGCAGCAGUUUAUGACCAGCACAUACACAGGAACUGAGCUGUACCUCUGCUCUGAAACUUUAGCAAUCUCUAAGAUGUUCUUAAUUCCUUUAGAAAUGGACCGGUUUGGUUCUUUUAGUCAGGGGAAAGCUGUAUUUCCGCUUGCUCUCUGUGCAGGCCUUCUCACUGCGGUACCAGACACCAGGCCUCACUGGGAUGUGCAAACCUUUGAAGAAGACACACAUGGUGUCAAAAAACAAGUAACCUGCAGCCGAGGCAAUUUAGCCUCAGAGCACUUGCGACCCUUUGUGUCCCAUGUUUCUCGGUGCCUUGUCUUGUAAAUGGAAGCGAUGAAGCCAAUGGACUGUCUGGACUUUGUAGGGAGACAGUGCCUCGGGAAAGAUGACUAGGGUAGGGAAAGGUUUUGGGUUGUCACUAGAGAAUUGCCAAUCAGCUGAGAACAGACUGACUUGUAAGUGCAUUCCUGUUGUAUUCUGUGGUAGUCCUGAUCCCUCAGUUAGGUUACAUGUUAGACUGCACAUAAAGUCACACUUCUCCCUUCCAGCUCCAGUUGUGGCUUUGGCAUUUUUAAGUUUCUUCCUUUGUCCUCCCUCCCCCCACAAGUCCCCUCUCAAGCAAAAAAGCCUUGGUGUCCAUUAAAGCCACCAUGGGUAUGAAGUGUUAACAGCGAUCGUGGAAUGCUGCCGUCCAGUCUAAUUCAGUGUGUCACUAAUGAUGUCUGGGGAAUUCCGGGUUUUUUAUUUUUUCUGUGGUAUGAGCUCUGACUCUGAAAGUCAGAGACAGAAUUAUCCCCAAUCAGGAAAAAAAAAAAAUGCUCUAAGCUAUUACUACUUAUUCUGAAUGUGCAACUCUUAGUGCCAAUUCGGUCCUUUUUAACAGCUCCCUGCAAGAGCUGGGUAAAAAUGUCAAUAGAUCCCUCCUAUGUCCCAUUCAAGUCCAAGUCAGUGUCUCUGUCUACUGCAGGGUACACCCUCAGGAUCCCUGGGGUGAAGACCCAAGGCUCCAUCACUGUCAGAAAACGAGCACUCUUCUGAGCAUGGGAAUGUUCUAGACUCAGUAGUAAGAUGCAUGACCAACUCGGUUCUGCAGACCCGGCCCUGGCUGAGGAUCCCUCUCAAUGAUGCUGCUUCUAUCAGAUGCACUUGCCUUUCAAAAAUCUCAAUUCCAAUUAAUAUCCUUGUUGAGUUUAAAGUUGUUUUAAAAUAUAUACACUAUCCACAACACUUAGUUCACUUAAUUUUUAUUAUAAAGUAAUCUACUAAAAAAGUACAACUGUAAUUGCAUCUUCCGAUCUUUGUGAGCUAUGAUAAUCAGAAGUCAAAGUCCUUUUGUGUUUAAACAACAAUGUGCUUACUCUUUAACGUAACUCCUGGUUAUAUACGGGAAAUGGUUCGCAACUGUCACCCGCCUGCAUCUUUUGCUCAGGUGGGGAUACAGUCUAGACCUCAGGUCUCUAACUGCAAUACUUUUGAUGAAAGACGUUGCACAAGUGCUGUUUGUUAGCGAUGAAAUCAGGUUUCUGCUUGUUCCUAAUGCCAUGAUCAAAUCAUAGCACAAACUCAUUAAAAAUAAUCAGUGACAAAUAUCUGUUCCCUGGGGUUUUGUUUGUUCACUUUUCAGCUACGACAUACAAAUAGACAACUGAUGUAUGAUCAGUCUCAGAAAAAUACUUUCUUUUUUGUGGAGUUGGAGAUGGGACCCAGGAAACAGUUCUUCUUUGGGCUAUACCCCAGUCCAAAGGAUACUGCUGAUCAUUCUCUAGUUACUGACUCAAGAAAAACAUUUGUGUGUGCACACAAAUGGACGCAUGUGCCACAGCUGGUGUGUGGUGAGGAUAACCUGUUCGAGUCAGUGCUCUCCGUCACCAGGUGAGUUCCCAGAAUGCAGUUAAACUGCCAAGCUUGGCAGUGACCAUUUUAAAUCCCCAGCUCACUGGUUGGUGGCUGACUUUUUAAAAGGAUUUCCUAGGGUUCUAUAAACCUGAGUAGAAGACAUCACAGACAUCACAGAAUUCUCAAUUCUGAGUUCUAACAUGGGACAUUCAGAAUUGGUUCCUGAGAACUUCUAAUCCCACAGGGGCUUUGGAUGGCAGUCACACAAAGCCAGUCACACAGCAAGCUAAGUAGGUCUGGCAACAAAUACUUAAUCCCUGACAUUGGAGGCCUUCAGCUGUUCUAUGACCUGCACAGAGAGGAGCACAUUUUAUCUGUGCUAAGUAAGUGUAUAGAUUCUAGAUGACACAUGUAUGCAUAAACACCACAUAACCUAUCAAACAGUGAGGAUAAGUGAUAAUAGAUUUAUUUUUUCCAUUUCUGUAAAUUUGCAAUAAACAAAUAGAAACAAUUUCAAAGUCUUACUGGAAUAAUUGUGUGGGCCCAAAUUCUAGUCCACUUCAGAUUCAGAGUGAAGUUUUUUUUUGAUGAGGGGACUCUUAUUCUUAGUCACUAGCAGACCACACUGUGCUCUCAGAGAAUUCCCAGAGGCUGUCCCCAGAGCUCCCAAACCUAACAGCAAGCAGUGUGAGCAAAGGAAGAGAGGUGCCAGGCUCUCCUGCCCCUCUGCCACUGGUACUGACCACCUCAGUACUAGCAGAUUUGAGUUCCUCUCAGAAAGUCCAGCCCAGGUUCUCAAGAGUUGCUUCAGGAGAAGCAGGAGGACAUCAAGAGGCAUUUCUAAGCAACAGGCUUUGAUGUUACAGCAGGAAGGUUGAACCCUUGAAGAGCAUGAGGCUGGGACUCCAGUUUACAAUGAAAGAGUGCCUCGUGGGACUACCUUCCGCCCAGGUCCCCUGGCUGAGGACCAAACAAGCUUUGAAGGCUUCUGGUAAGGCCUGAUGCAGAAAACAAGGACUUUUCAGACAGCAGCUCACCCUGGGCCUUCUGAGUGAACAUGCUACUUAAAACAGGUUAGAUUUCCCUCACUUUACUGUUUUGAUCUGUUUGGCUUACACAGAUUCUAAUUAAAAUGUUUCUGUAAACAUUUGCUACAUAUGGUAAAGAGCAGCUCAGACCUUGGGCCCAGCAGCCUUCAGACGGUUCGAGAGCUCACCUCUGUAAUUAAUGUCCCUGGCUGGAGGUAGUUCCAAACUCCUAUCUAUAGAGCACGUGCAAUUGUUUCAGCCAAGCAGAGCUAAGGCAGAGACAGCAGCCCACCACACCCUCAAGUGUCCACAUGAGGUGGCAGCUGCUAGCCAAAGAGGUCCUACUGUUCUUUCUGUCCACUUGAAGAUAUGGGCACAUUAACCACACACUAUCUUCUCCAUGCAGGUCCUGUGGAGGCUGUCCCUGCACACAAGGCACACAUCUGCCAAGGCAGUGAACAACACACAAGCUUUGCCGCACAGUUGUGUGGAAGUACCUGGAGUUUUGUUUUCAUUUUAUGGUACUGAGACUACUUCAUAGGAAAUCUUCCCUCUGGCCAAAUGAAUCGUGAGCUUUAAUCUUCCUUUUCAAGGGACUCAGCGAGGGCAAGCACUCAAUUUUGGUGAAACCUAGUAUUUCCUAAGGAUAUCUUAAACUCCACUGCACCAAAAUUUUCCAUAAAUAGAAGUUUCUGAUGGCUUCAGAUCUUCUAGAAACUGGCAACAAUUAAAUGGAAAAAUUAGUCUCAGCAGCUUUCAAGUAUGGCACUGUCUAAUAUUAUACAUGGAUGGGAGGAAGGAAAAGGAGACAAUCUGAGAAUUUCUUGAGACCAAGUGGUCCCUGAUAUAUGAAGUAUUUAACAUUACUAUUUAUACUUAAUAUAAAAAAUCUAGACUUGAUUGAGGUUUUUCUUCAUUACUUUUAAAUGUGGUAAUUAGGAAAAGGCAAAAGGUAUUAUAUGACCAGAAGAGAAACUAGUUUCGAGUAUGGAUUCAGUUGUGUGAAAAUUGCAACCUGAAUGCUUUGCUAAGGCCGACUUCACUAGAUGGGGACGGAGGACAGAAUGAGACUGGACCUUUAGCUUCCCCACCCCAGCCCAUCUAAAACUAAAGGGGGAAAACGAAGGGAUAAGGUCACAAUAGUUUCUAUCUCCCUUUCAGAUCACUCUAAAAAGAGGAUGGCCAGAGUAGAGUCUAAAGGAAGUCACGUUACAAGGUUAACAGCCAAAAGCUGAACUGUAUCAGCAGAAGAGCCAGGCUAUACAUUACUGGCAAAUUUGAUGAACUGGCUUGACUUUUAUUUUCCUUUAAGUCCAAGAGCAUGGCCUGGCAUACUUAAGUACCUGCCACAGGGGAAAGGGACCACAUGAGUAAUGCCUGGCUGAACUUCAGACACACAGGUCUUUGGUUUUUUCUUAACCAAAACAUGGCUUCAAUGUCCUGACAUGACUCAUCAGUGUUAAAUUCCACAGUUCUCUAAGCCUUGGGUUUGAAUUAUUAUCAGUGGUAAAAACAAAGGUAAAAGCUAACAAUCUUAAAAACAAAACAGUGCAAUUAUUGAAUAGUUUGCUCAACAAAUACCGCAUUAGGUCUGUGGACAUACUUGACAGUAUUUUUUACUUUGGGAGCAAUGCACACCUGUUUGUUACUGGUCAGAAGAAUACAGAGUACACAAGCUCCCGUAACCUGACUUUGCUUCACCAAGGAAACAGAAUAAUGUACUUGUUGCCUGAGGUCUUGGGCAGCAGGGCCCUAUAACUACACUGCCGCGGCCGAAUACCAAGCAGGUAAGGACAUCCUACACCCAUGGAUGAGAGAAACAGCAACAGUAACAACCUGGAUACCACAGUAAGAAUCCUGAGGAGGUAUGGAUUCAAAUGAGUAAAAACACGCUUGUCAUAGAAUCUCCAGUCUAACACUCCAGAGGCGCAAACAAGGCAACAGCUAAACUAUGUUCAUGUAUGAACAUUGCUGCCCUUCCUAAAAUCAAAUCCAGGAUUAAGAGCUAACAUUUAACUGGAAAAGGAUGAUACAGAAUUGCUGUUUUGUGGAGCAUCUUUAUGGAAUUGUCAAAAUAUGGCAGAAAGCGCCUUUUACUAUGUGUAUUUCAUCUUAUUAAAACAAAAAGGAUGAAGUUAGGUUUCAAUGUUGUUUCUAGAAACUGGUGGGUGCAGCCAACUGCAGCUGGAAGCUUCAGAUCCUUGGAAGAACGCUGUGCUGCUGUGCACCUUGAACCAAAACUGUGCUUACAGAACUGUUGAGCAGACUUGCACUGGGCACACUCCUUCUCAUGUCAGUGACUGCUAACAUUUAAAUUAGUCAAAGUUCAAGACAGAAAAGGCCGGACAAAGGGAGGUGGGUAAACGGGGGAAAGCAAAAUUUCCAGCUAAUCCACUUUCAGGAAAAUCAGGAAGCAGGAAGCAUACUUUGGCAUGGAGUCAUACUUCUCACCACCAAGGUUUGUUCACUGGACUGGUUUCCCAGAGAAAACAGCAUGAUGUACUUCCCCAUAGCUCACUGGAUAAGAAGCCAUAUUCUACACUUGAUAUCUGCUUCCCCAAGAAGGUCAUUCAAGCAAAUCCUCACAACAAACCACGCCCCACUCUGCCCUCAAGGGCUCUAAAAUAACGACAUUCUUCCUACUAAGAAGAUCAUUCUUAUCAAAAUAACCAAAUAGUUGCCACAGGAUAAGGAGGAUCUGUAAUUACUGUUAGUGACUAUCAGUGAUGUAUAGGGAAGAACAGACCUUAAUUUUCAAAGCUUAAUCCUGGAGACGUAGGCCAACCACAGACUUGUUUUGACUGGUUAGAAUGAUCAAAGGUCAUAGAAGUCUCAGAGGGAAAAAUCAAUCCAGCGAGCCUAACUCAGCAUUUAACUGCGAGAAGCUCAGAGUAUAAGAGAAAGUUUCCUUAAGGGGGCCAUGAAAGGUCAAAUUCUGGGAAAGGUGUGGCCCUUAGACCAUUCCAAUCAUCAGGAAGGAUGAGGUCCAGACUUUGCUGUAUAUGACUUUCUUCUUCCUUCUCUCAUGGAACCUCUACUUAAUACAAAACUGGUAAAUAACAUACACAUGGGCCAAUGGAGACCAAGCACAGUUACUAUUUGAAGAAUGGAUGAGUGACAACUUCCUCACUGCCUUCCCGACACCUCUUCUGCAAAUUUCCAAUACAGAGACCCACGUAUCCCUCAACACAUGCUCAUCCGGCAUGGGGCCAAUGCCUGGAUAAUUCUUUCAUCAUGUCCCUGCUAAAGUCAAUUAAACAGUGAGCUCUUAAUGCCAACAAGUAAGUGGCAUGCAAGAAGGGCACUUAAUUGGAACAUUUAAAAUUACCUUAUUUUAGGUUUUAUGGAGACUCAGUUUUGGAAAUCUGAAACAAUAUUCAGAAAAUGAACUGUAGCUACCAAGAAAAUUAUUCCUCUAAUUCUACAACAACCUCUUUUAAGAAGCCCUUUAAUAAUUUUAAAAAAAGUGUGUAUAUUCAAAAUUCUCUAUUUAAAAAGAACUCAGAAAUAUUACUAACUUUUCUUGCCUCAAUUGCAAAAUUCACUUUCUGCCAAUCUCAUUGCUAGUGCAUCAACUUACAAUAGCUCAGCUUGUAUUUUGAAGCAGUUUUGAAAUCUUAAAAGACAUGAACCCAGUGCAAAGGACAUUAAAAGAAGCUCAAUGUGUCUAAAAUACAGCUUCAUUGUCUGAACAGCUCUUCUGCCCACACUAUAAAGAUGCUUAAAAUCCCUACAACUUUGGCCUAGGAACAAGAUAGCCUCCCAGUCCUAGCUCACCCCGAGCAUAAAGCCCUUCACUCUUUCAUCUGUGAAUGAGAAGACGGGGGCAGAUUUUAAGUGGAAAACUUGGAAAUAUUUCAAAUCUUAGUUUUAUUAUUUCAUUGUGGGGAGAAGGCUAUUCCCAAUAUACAAGCUUUUCCCUUUGGUGAAAUCCAAACAGCACCCCAUUUUGCACAAAAGGCUCUCAAUAAUGAUGUGAUGUUUUAAAAGGCAGGUUUUACUCUUAUUCUUUAACAAACCAAGCUUCUUACCUAAUUCAUUUUCUUUUGAACUUACUAAUUUGCUAAGCAAAUGUUUUCUGUCUAUUAAAAAAAAAACUCAGUCACAGCUUCAUCUGUGACAUCAGCGUAUUUUUCAAAAGGAUAAAUGUGCACACCAGAUGUGGAGCUUCCUCGUUUCCCUUGCAGCUAAGAGAAGCCCAUGAUCUGCUGUGAAUAAAAUGCAGUUCAGCAUAUACAAAUCUAUAUUAUACAUUUUGAUAAUUUAAGUUGACAUGUACUGUUGUCUGCUAUCAACACAUUGCAGGAUCCCCGGCAAGUUGGUUGUUGUUUGUUUUAAGGAUAAUAUUAACAACAGCAUUUUAUGACAUCUCUGAUGCCAAAUAGUAACAAUAUAACUUCUCAAAUCUUUAGGGACAUUUUCAUUGGAUUUAAAAGCAGAUAACAAACAGCUCCUUAUUUGCUAUAAUUGGCAAGACACAACCCAGACUCAGAACUGGAGGGUAAUACGACUCCAAUGGACUAGGCAGAAGAUAUC